UAACUACCUGGCUGGGUGGUUGUGCUUUUGAGCAAACAUCCUUCCCCCAAACCAGUUCUGUGUUGUUGAGCCUGUUUGACCAGACUGUGUUGUGAUCCAUAAACUUCAUUUACUCUGAGGACUCUGUUCACUGUGUGAGGGGACACAACCUGAAGUGCCUCAGCUGGUCAAGCGAUUUUGCACAAAGAUGACACCAACAAACUCCACUUCUGAUUCCUGGAAUUUCACAGACAAGCCGGUUGAACUGUGUUUCAGGGAUGAUGAUAACAAACUGGGAGCAAAUUUGUCUUAUAUUUACUACUUCAUGUUUGUCUUCAAUGUUAUCACCAACCUGCUGGUUCUUGUUAUCAUCCACCAGUUCGAGAGACUGACCACUGUGAUCAACAUCUUGCUGCUGAACCUGGUGGCGUCCUCCCUGAUCUUUAUGAGCAGCCUUCCCUUCCUGGCCGUCUACAUGCAGAUCUCUGAAUGGAUUUUUGGCUCAGCAAUGUGCAAGAUUGUCUUCAGCGUCUACUACCUGGGUUUUUACAGUUCUGUUUUCUUUUUAACUCUGCUAACAUUUGACCGUUACCUUACUUUUGUACAUUUUAUGUCAGUAGUACAUAUAAGGAGUCGACGCAAUGCUAUCAUUUCCUGUGCAGUGGUGUGGUUGAUCGGUGGUUUGGCUUGCAUUAGGCCCAUGAUCCUCCAUGGAACCUAUAGCCAUUGGGGCACUGAGUACUGUGAUGAACUUGCUCAUAUUGAUGGUAUGAAUGGAGAGAAGCUCAAAAAAUCUGGAUUUUAUAUUCAGCUUUGUGUCUUCUUGAUCCUCCCUCUGGCUGUUAUCAUAUGUUGUUAUACUAGGAUUGUGGUCACCAUUAAAAAAUCCCAAUCAGCUUCUAAAUUCCAUGCAGUCGGGGUGAUAUUUAUGAUCGUAGUGUUGUUCUUCAUCUGCUGGAUCCCUUUUAACAUUGUAGAACUCCUGCAUUAUGAAUAUGAGUCUGUUUUGAGCUGUGAAGAUAAAAAGAAACUCGGUUACACUCUUCAUGUCACCCGCAACAUGGCGUACAUUUACUUCUGCGUCAGUCCAAUCUUUUAUACAUUUGUAGGAAACAAAUUCCAGAACCAUUUCAAACAGCUGCUGGUGAAAUGUUUCCCAAGAUUACAAAAUCAUAUUUCUUCCAACAUACACAAUACAACAACACCUAUAUCAAGAAAUGAAAUAGCUUUUCCCAGUGUCUUAUAAGACCACCGAGUCACAAGGCUUUACCUGAAUUUCAAGGUGGAUGGCUGUAAAAGGAAGCCCCAAAGAUGCAGUUUACCAAAAAUGUCAUGUGGGACACAAAGCAAAUGAACGGAAUAAGAUGGAUAAAAUUAUUUAUUUUACCCACAUCAAAAACAGUUUGUGAGGAAAACAACUAACACCCUGAAGAGGGGUUUCCACAGGGAAACAUUUUGGAUGGGAAGAUGAAUUAAGGUAAACGCUGGGUGAUUGCGGAGGAAAACCUAUUAGAGUGAGGAACUCCAAUUUUAGUCUUCAAAAGAAAGACUACAGUUGCAUCUACAAGUUUUAGAUGCAUCCCUGCUCAUACACAACUGAAUCAAAUCUAUGGUUCGGUACCAAGCCUUGGUCAAAGGUAACAGCAUUCUAAAGGCAUAAUUCAAUUAUUUGACUCCGGUGUGUUUGAGCAGCAAUGUGUCUAAAAUCUGGAGAACAGGAGCUCUUGAAGACUUGAGGACAGAAUCAAAAGGACUCAAGUUCACCUUCCAGAGGGCAAUGAAAGGGUCUAAACACUUAAUUAUACUUUAUAAAAUAAGAAAUAAUACUCAGAGACGAGUCCCUUAACUGCAGGUCACGGCGGGUGGAGAUUUAUUACACUUUUCCACAGAUCAUGUUACAAUUACAUCAACUCGAAAACGAAAGUUCCCCAAAUCCCCAAAAAUCUCAAAGUAUUCUAGGUACAAUAUAUUUUUAUAGAAUUUCAAUUCCAUUGGUGUGGCUUGGUAAGUUUUGACCAACAAUAUUGCUGCUCAUUUUUUUGCGUAUACUCUUACGUAGGUUUUCUGGCAGUCUUUAAAUUGAGUGUGUAUGGGGUUCCUUUUUGGGAAUGUUCAAACCUUUUGACCUCACAUCUGCUUCAUUUCAGGGUUGCCAAAUAAGCCAACUCAUCACAAUUGUUAUACUUAUCUAUCCAAACAUCUUGCUUCCUAAGCCAUAUUUGGUCCAGGUUUGUGCUUUGCACAUAAACAGGGGUAAGAGUGUUCAGGUCAAAUUGAUCUUUAAGAGAGCCAGAUUAGAAACAACUCCAUAAAGGUAUUUCUGCUAUUACACCACAUGAUGGCAUGGCUUAGAGAAAAGUGUAUCCACUUGGUAGAGUGACAUGUAUUCUGUAGAGUAGAAUAGGUACAGAGUAGAAUCAGUAUUUAAAAAAAAAGAGUCUCUGUAAAUAUGUUAGCCAAAUCUAUCAAAAUAGUUUUUUAACAUCGUUAUUUGAAAAGGAUUUAAAGUAGUACAACAUCUGUUAGAGGUUCUGGAGAAGAGGGUGACAGCAUAAGCUAACAACGACAACAAUAAAAAAAAAAAAAACCCAAAAGGUCUCUCACUAAAGAUGUGGUGGAGGAGACCCAACACUCUAGAUAAGGGGUGCCCAAGUCCAGUUCUUGAGAUCCACCAUCCUGCAACUUUCAGAUACAUCCCAUCUCCAACAUAACUGAAUCAAAUCAAUGGCUCAUUACCCCUGGUAAUGAGGCCUGUGAAUGAAGCGAUUGUUUGUCAUCCUUUCAUUCACAGAUGAGAAGUCGGUGCGUUUUUUUGUCAGUUUGUUGUCUUUGUUGCAGGGCUGUUCCGAAGGGCAGCAGUGUUAUACUCAUCAGCAGUCAUUAGGGAGCUGAAUGACUGCUGAUGAGGGAGUUCAGCCAUUUGAUUCAGGUGUGCUGGACCAGGGAUGUAUUUCAAAGUUUGCUAGAUAUUGAACAUGGACUUGGGGCCCUCUGCACUUGAAAAAAAGAAAAGCAAAAGUAAAGCUACAUAAUUACUGGGAUGACUUUACAGGCAGAGGAAACACGACUGAGCGGAAUGGGUGCUACUGAGAAUCUGUGAUUGAAUUAUUGAAUUAAAAUUCAAUUCUAUCACAAGUCUUUCUAGGAAAACAGCUAUUAUGUAUAUUAUUUAACAGACUUAAUCUAAUAUUUGUCAGAUGAUCAGGAUGUUUCAAGUUUUGUUUUGUUUUUGUUUUUUUCUCUCUACUGUGCUGGACAAUUUGCAACAUGGCAUUACAUAGUCUUGUAUUUGUAUUUUUUAUUAUUUUUUUUUGUAUGCCGUGUAUAACAAAUGAACAUGUAAAUAUAUCAAAACCUGGCCUGACAUCCUGCAAAAGUAUUAAUAUGUAAGGAUAGAAUUCAUGUUCAGAAUUGAACAUUAAAUGAAUGGCUUUAAAACAUUCCUAUACCAUGACUUGCUUUCUUUUUCAUAUUCAUAUGGGGGAUUCCAGGAGAAGAUAACUACUAUUAUUCUGUUGCUCAAAUGUAAAAACUGAAAAUGAAUUAUAAACACAAUAAAGAAAUUA